AUAGUUAUUUUCGUAGCCGGAACUACGUUGUUUCACAACACGACAAAUUUUGAAGAAAAAGCGAAAUGCUUGAUUUUUUUGCUAUAUUUACCCGAGGCGGGAUUGUUCUCUGGUAAAAUUCAACUUUUAUUAAUUUCCAUAUGUUUCAUAUCGUAUUGAUUGAGUACUGGCAAGACAGCUUUAGCCAGGAAAAAAAUCUGUUCCACGUUGAAUAAUGCCUGGUUAUGGAAUAAAAAUAUAGACACUAAUAGAAACGUAUUUUAAAAAACUAAAAAUCAAUAAAUUAUGUUAAAAUUAUUAAUUUCAUUUAAACAAUUACACAUUUUAAUUUAUUUCUAGGAAAGAACUGACCGAUCACACUUCAAUCACGAAGAUUUAACUCUAAAGUAUGCCAGAGAUAAUGAGUUUGAUCUGGUGUUCGUUGUUGGUUAUCAAAAGAUCCUUCAGUUAUCCUAUGUUGAUAAAUUUUUGGAUGUUAUUCAAAUCGAAUUUAGAGAUAAAUACAAGAAUGAGCUUACCAACAUGAAUUACUCUUUUAGCUUUAAUUUUGACAGCGAUUUCAAGGAUUUACUAAAAAGAGUCGAGCAGGAUGAGAAAAAAAAAGCCCCAGCUAAAAUGAAAGCUUUUAGUCAAUCUAACAAAGCACAAAAGACGGUAUCAUCAAUGAUUAUCAAGAAGAAUGGAGUACAAGUUAAUAAUGUAGCACCAGUGGAAAAACAACGACCUAACAAACUUCAAGAAGAUGAAAUGAACAGAAAUAUAGAAAAGAUGAAGUUGAAGAAAGCCCACAGAAAUGCCCGUGGAAAACCACCUGGUGAAAAACCUAAGCCUUCUCAAAGCCCGGUUCAAGUCCAAGAGAAGGUUUCGAGAAACAAAUCAAGAACUGUUUGGCCCAAUGAGGGAAAAUCGGCUGAAGCUGGGUUAAAAUUAGACUAUUCGGGAGAAAAAGAAGAUACAUCCCAAGUUGUUCUAACCAAGUCGGAGAGAGAAAUCGUUGGAACUGCUGGUGGAGAAAUACGCGAUAUUGGUGAAGAUGAUGAUGAUUAUGAUGUUGAUAUUUCGGACGAAGAAAUUAAUGGAACCGCUGAAACCAAUACCAAAAAACCAACGAGGGGUUUCUUUUCGAGUUUAACUUCGCUGAUAGGUUCGAAAUCUUUGGAAGAGAAGGACAUCUCGCCAAUUAUUGGCAAGAUGAAGGAGCACUUGAUUAGUAAAAAUGUAGCUGCAGAAACUGCAGAACAACUUUGUGGAUCAGUUUCAAAGAAACUUAUCGGUAAAGUUCUUGGAACUUUCAAAACUGUGCAAUCUACUGUUAAGGAGGCACUUUAUGAAGGGUGUGUUCAAAUUUUGUCACCCAAACGACGUGUUGAUAUUCUCAGGGAUGCUUUGGAUGCCCGCGCCAAUAAAAGACCUUAUGCGAUUGUAUUUUGCGGAGUGAAUGGUGUUGGAAAGUCGACCAACUUGGCUAAAAUAGCAUUUUGGCUAAUAGAAAAUGGCUUAAAAGUAUCAAUAGCUGCUUGUGAUACGUUCAGAGCUGGUGCUGUUGAACAAUUAAGAACUCAUGUUAGAAAGCUAAAUGCUCUCCAUCCUGUCGAUAAGGGUCCCGAAACUGUAAACCUCUUCGAAAGAGGGUACGGGAAAGAUCCAGCUGCUAUUGCCAUGGAGGCCAUUGCGCAUGCUAGAGACACUCAUUACGAUGUGGUUCUAAUUGAUACUGCCGGCCGCAUGCAAGAUAAUGAACCUCUAAUGAGAGCUCUAUCCAAAUUGAUCAAAGUAAAUCAACCAGACUUGGUUUUAUUUGUUGGAGAAGCUCUCGUUGGUAAUGAUGCUGUUGACCAAUUGAUGAAAUUCAACCAGUCUCUGGCUGACUUUUCAAACAUGGAAAAUCCUCGCUUGAUAGAUGGUAUCGUUCUUACAAAGUUUGAUACUAUAGAUGACAAGGUUGGAGCUUGCAUUUCUAUGACCUAUACGACCGGGCAACCAAUUAUUUUUGUUGGUACUGGGCAGACUUACUCAGAUUUGAAGAAUCUGAAUGCUACGGCUGUUGUCAAUGCCCUCUUGCGUUAA